AGGAACUGUAACCAUGAGUGGAAGGGGCAAGGGUGGCAAAGGACUCGGAAAGGGAGGCGCCAAGCGUCACCGUAAAGUUCUCCGUGAUAACAUCCAGGGAAUCACCAAACCCGCCAUCCGCCGUCUUGCUCGCCGUGGCGGAGUGAAGCGCAUCUCUGGGCUGAUCUACGAGGAGACCCGCGGUGUGCUGAAGGUGUUCCUGGAGAACGUGAUCCGUGACGCCGUCACUUACACCGAGCACGCCAAGAGGAAGACCGUGACCGCCAUGGACGUGGUGUACGCUCUGAAGAGACAGGGCCGCACUCUACCAACCCUGAUCCACCUUAAAUCGACUCGACUAAGUAAGAAAAUGGCCAGGACCAAGCAGACUGCCCGUAAAUCCACCGGAGGAAAAGCUCCCAGGAAGCAGCUCGCCACCAAGGCUGCCCGUAAGAGCGCCCCCGCCACCGGAGGCGUGAAGAAGCCUCACCGUUACAGGCCCGGUACCGUUGCUCUGAGGGAGAUCCGCCGUUACCAGAAGUCUACCGAACUGCUGAUCCGCAAGCUGCCGUUCCAGCGCCUGGUCAGGGAGAUCGCUCAGGACUUUAAGACCGACCUGCGCUUCCAAAGCUCAGCUGUCAUGGCUCUGCAGGAGGCCAGCGAGGCUUACCUGGUCGGUCUGUUCGAGGACACCAACCUGGCUGAAACUAUAACCAUGAGUGGAAGGGGCAAGGGUGGCAAAGGACUCGGAAAGGGAGGCGCCAAGCGUCACCGUAAAGUUCUCCGUGAUAACAUCCAGGGAAUCACCAAACCCGCCAUCCGCCGUCUUGCUCGCCGUGGCGGAGUGAAGCGCAUCUCUGGGCUGAUCUACGAGGAGACCCGCGGUGUGCUGAAGGUGUUCCUGGAGAACGUGAUCCGUGACGCCGUCACUUACACCGAGCACGCCAAGAGGAAGACCGUGACCGCCAUGGACGUGGUGUACGCUCUGAAGAGACAGGGCCGCACUCUGUACGGCUUCGGCGGUUAAACUCAUUCAUACCAACUGAAAAAACUAAACGGCUCUUUUAAGAGCCACACACCUGUCUUUAAGAGCUUUGGUCUCAGAUAACAUGGCAACGUAAGAAAUCAAACUCGCAUUUGCGGACAUAUUUAUUCAGCGAACUAGAUUAUGUUAAACUAUGACUGGGUUCAGACACUCGGGUGGGUUGUCUUCAAGCGAUAGUAUUUUAACCGAGUCAUGAAACUCAUCUGAGCCCCUUCAGUAUUUGUGGUUUGAAUGAUUAUCUGCUUCAAUUUGAGGCACCAAGUAUUGCUCAGACAUAUCAGCACAAGUGGAGUUUGCUCAUGUCUUUAAAGUGCAUGGAAAACCAAACAAAUGUGGCAUCAGUAAACUCAGCACUGUUUCAGUACUUUCCAGAAAGUGGGGAAAAUACAAAGGAUUUCUGAAUGUAUAGAGGCUCAGAGACUGGUAUGUCAUGGCAAAAUAUUU